CGGCGCGCAAGCACAACACUCUCUAGCGCCGCAGCUUUCCAGCGCCUCUCGCUCUCUCGCUCUCUCGGUCUCCGCUCUCGCGCUGCAUCCAGCCGAUUUCCGUGUCGACGCGAUGCGCGUUCAGUCACGGUCGCCGCGAUAAACGCACGAGAGAACGGCCGAGCGACGACCCGCUCGAGUGCAAUGUAAUAACUUGUUAUCUGGAUACGGCACGGAGAGGUCGCUCAUGCCAGACGCUGCCAAAACGCGGGGACUGACUAGCGCCACACGCGGCCUGUUUUAGUGCGAGACGUCAUUCGCAGUCGGCGAAGGCGAAUGAGGAGGAAGGAUGCCGAGUCGGGGCAAGCGGGUCUUCGGGAUCCUGGCAUUGGCGCUGCUCCUCUUGGCUGACGGCUACCUGGCGUCGCUGGCCGAGGAUGACGACAUUCGCUAUGACGACGACGACAACGACGACGACGACGACGACGAAGACGACGAUGACGACGACGACGAGGCCGCCGCCGCCGCCGCCGCCGAAGACGGAAACGAUGCGGCCACGAGCAGCGGUCAGCCCCGGCCGACGACGGCGACCGCGAGGCGGGACCUGCCCGACCGCUGCUUCGUCAAGGCCGAGCACGGGCCCUGCAAAAACUACGUGCACAAGUGGGCCUUUAACAAGACCGCGGGCAGCUGCCACACCUUCGUCUACGGCGGCUGCCUGGGCAACGAGAACCGCUUCAACACGGAGGAGGAGUGCCUACACCACUGCAUCGGCGGACCCGAGCACACGCUGCCGCCGUACGUGACGACCAAGAGCAGCGUGUUCGUGACGACGGGCACCAGCGCGACGAGCGCGAGCGCCGCGACCGGCGGCGGCGGCGGCGGCGACGGCGGCGACGGCGGCGGGAGCGGCAUCGGCAUCGGCAUCGGCAGCACGGCCGCGCCGAGCUUCGGGCCCACGAGGCCGACGCGGCCGCCCGUGCCCAGGCAGAAGCGCGGCAAGGAGCUGACCUUCAUGGAGUCCGGCUACGAGAAGACCUUCAUGUUCGCGCAGAGCAACACCUUCAUCCAGCUGGACGGGCCCGGCAUCAAGACGUUCCAGCUGAGGCUAUGCCGCGAGAUCUCGUUCAAGUUCCGCACCAAGCUGCCCCACGGGCUGCUGGUCUACCACAGCGUGAAGGACCGGCCCGAGCGGCUCGAGCCCUACGCGCUCUACGUGAUCGUGGAGAAGGGCCAGCUGAAGGUGGUGCACGUGUUCGGCAAGAACCUGACCAGCCUGACCGUCGGCGAGGGCCUUAAUCGGGACGAGUGGCACAGCGUGCUGGUGCGCAUCGACGUCCACGGGGCCAAGCUGAUCGCCAGGGUGAACGACAAGCAGACGGAGACGACGGUCGAGGUGCUCGAGCACAUCGUCAACUACGGGGUGUCCGAGGAGCUCGCCUCGGUGGUGCUCAUCGGAGGUGGGCUGCGCCCUCCCGGCGACCAGCUCGCACCGCCGACCGACCGCUCGCGCUCGCUCGCUGUUGCAGGUCUCAGCUCGGAGGAGCGGCUGCACGGCGUCAAGUACAUCAUCGAGUCGUUCGUCGGCUGCAUCAGGGACAUGGUGCUGAGUUCCGGGAAGUCUGCGAGCGAUCUGCUCCCCAUACGGCCGCUUAUCGCCACCAAACACGAGAACGUGAAGGAAGGCUGCAUCGACAAGUGCAAGACGCGGGAGAACCUGUGCUUCCGCGGCAGUCAGUGCGUCAACCAUUACAACAGCUUGACGUGCGACUGCUUCGGCACCAAGUACGAGGGAGAGAGGUGCGACGUUUACACCGCCACCAUACUGACGCUGCGCGGCUCCUCCUACGUCUCGUUCCGCGUCUACGACUGGAAGGAUCGCGUGCACUCCGCGGUCAACCGGAUCAGCCUGAUGUUCAAGACCAAGUGGGACGACUCCGCGCUGUUUUACGCCUCGGGCGAGAUCGACGGCACGGUCCACUACAUCGCGGCCUCGAUCCUCAACGGCAGCGUCGUCGUCGAGAUCGACUUCGGCCACGACUCCAAGAUCAACUCGGUCCUGGGUCAGGACGUCACCUCCAACUACUGGAACAACCUGACCAUCUUCCACAACGUCUCGCUCGUCUACAUCAGCCUCAACGACGAGAUCAAGGCGCACGAAGUGCCCGGCGACAGCUACACCAUCAUCAUCGAUCCCGAGAUCUACAUCGGCGGCGGGCCCGAGCUCCACAAGAAGGAGGGCCUCGUGUCCAACAAUACUUUUGCGGGCUCCCUCAAAUACGUAUUCUUCAACGACAAAUCCAUCAUUUACGAGCUGAAACGCUCCAACCCAAUGGUGCACUACAUCGGGGUACUCGAGCCGGAGUACUACGAGGACGAGGUCGAAGUCAUUCCCAUUACGUACCCGUUCGCCGGCAGUCACAUUUGGUGGCCCAUAGACGAGCCCAACUCCUUGAAAUUGAGCUUCGAUUUCAAGAGCUCCAAGCCCACGGCGGUGGUUGCCUCGGGCGACGUCAUCACCGAUGGCAGCUUGGGAUAUUGGGAGUUGCGGGCAGUGAACAAUGAGAUUCGCUUCGUUCUCGUGCCGACCCUCGACGAGAACGCGACCUUCACCACCACCGUCAACUUCCCGUAUAAUACCUCUUGGCACGCGGUCGACCUGAACUACAACACCAAGGAAGAGCUCAGCAUCGUGGUGGAUUAUAAAAACAAGCAAACGAAGUCGUUUAAUCUGAAUUUGGAACUAGGAAACCGAGUUAUCAUAGGCAGCGGGCAGGGAAACGCAGGGCUGGUCGGGUGCAUGCGAGAAAUUUUCGUGAACAACGAGAGAAUCGAGCCGCGCUACAUCGUCAACACGGAAAAAGUCGUGGGCGAGGUUGCCAUCGACAAUUGCCAGUUCGUCGAUCCGUGCACGCGGCCGAACACCUGCGAGCACGGCGGCAAGUGCUCGGUCAAGGAGGACAGAAUCACCUGCGACUGCACGGAAACCGGAUACAUGGGAAAGAACUGCCACUUCGCUCAGUACCGGAAAACGUGCGAAGAGCUGGCGCUACUGGGCUACACCAAAGACGACGUCUACAAGAUCGACAUCGACGGCAACGGCAGAUUCCCACCGGCGCUCGUCAAGUGCGAGUUUCAGUCGAUCGAGGACUCGACGAAAACGAUCGUCGAGCACAAUUUGCCCUCGCAAGUGGACGUGCGAUCGAUUCAAGAGAGCGACUUCAUGUUCAACAUCUCGUACGUGCAGUUCAGCGCCGAGAUGCUGCAGGAGCUCAUAUCGCACUCGCUCUUCUGCAGCCAGUACGUCAAGUACGACUGCUACAAGGCGCCGCUGGAGCUGCACAGCGCCACGUGGUUCCUGAGCUCCAAGGGCACCGCCGUCGACUACAUCGGCAACGUCAAUCGCGGCUCCUGUCCGUGCGGAGUCAAUAGGACGUGCGUCAAUUCCAAUCUGAGCUGCAACUGCGACGUGUCGGCCGGUAAAUGGCUGUCCGACGAGGGCUACUACGAAGCGCCUGAUUCGCUGGGAAUCACGGAGAUGGUCUUCCUCCAGCAGCGCCAUCUCGAGGAAGACGCCCAGGGCAGGAUAACGCUCGGGCCGCUCGAGUGCGUCGAGACAAACACCCAGAAGUACGUCGUCACCUUCACGACCUCGCAGUCCUACAUCGAGGUGCCCGGCUGGCGGAAAGGCGACAUCGCCUUCAGCUUCCGAACGACCGGGGAAAGAGCCAUUCUUUUGUAUCAGCCUCCCAUACGGAAGAAUUAUCCGUCGUUCAUGGUGGCGCUCGCCUCCGACUACAGACUCACGUUCAACUUCACGCUCAACACUGGAAAGAUUCGCGAGCUCGAAGUGAAGAGUCGGCGGAAAUUGAACAACGGCGAGUGGCAAAAGAUUUGGAUCGACUACAACGAUUAUCACGUGAGGUUCAUGAUAAACACAGAUUUCCAAAUGGUCGAUUUGCUUCCCGAGGAAGAGUUCGGACCUUUCGAGGGUUCCAUGUUCAUCGGUGGCGCAACAGCCGAACACCUGAAAACGUCCUCGGUGAGGCAAGGGCUGAUCGGCUGCUUCCGAGGCCUCGUCGUCAACGGCGAGAUUCUCGACAUUCACAGCUACAUGUCGGUCCACUUGUCGGAGAUCAUCAAAGACUGCAAGCCCUCGUGUCAACCGAACAAGUGCCAGAACAAUGCUCGCUGCGUGGAGCUCUGGAGCAAUUUCACGUGUGUCUGUGAAAACAGGUGGGCUCAUCUGGGAACUUACUGCGAAACGAACAUCAAUAGCAAGGCUCUGACUUUCACCUCGCCGGGAGCCUUCCUGAAGAAAAACUACUUCGGCUCGAGCGAGGAGGAGGAGGAGAAGACGCUGCUCAAGAGCAUGCUCUACAAGAACGUGCUCAUCAACCUGCGCACCUACGACGCGCACUCGCUCAUCCUCUACGCGAACGACCACUUGAAUAAUUUCGCUCACCUCUACAUCUCGAACGGCACCAACAUCGUCUACCUGUUCAACGCCGCCAACGAGAUCAAGAACAUCAGCGUGGAGUACCCGGCCGCCAACACGGGCAUCUCCGUGCAGGUAGCCAUCGUCCGCACGGACAACGCGACCACGCUGCACGUGAACGAGCUCAACGCCACGCUGGAUGCCGUGCCGCUGCUGCUGGACGCGUACUCGAACAAGCCGUGGCUCAACCCGGAGAAGGAGGUGCUCGCGCCUCAGCGCCCGCCCGCGCCGCCCACCGACUACUUCCAAGUCAACCUGGGAGGGUUCGACCCCGACAACCUGCUGAGGAUGGGCCAAGAGGGCCAGCUGAUCCAGGGCUACGUCGGCUGCCUGCGCGGGCUCAUGAUCGGCGAGUACCUCGUGGACCUGCCGAACCUGGCGAGCGAAGCCAACCACGAAGGGAGCAAGGGCCUGCUGCCCAACUGCCACAUGAAGUGCGACGCCGUGCCCUGCAAGAACCAGGGCAUCUGCGCGGAGGACUUUGGCAAGCAGGAGGCCUCGUGCAACUGCGAACUCACUUCGUACUUUGGCGAGCACUGCGCCGACGAGAAGGGCGCGGACUUCAGCGGGGAGAGCGUGCUGCAGCGCGAGUUCGACCUGGACGCCGAGGUGCUGCAGAUCAAGGUGCAGCUGGCCUUCUCGACCAACGACCGGCAGCGCACCUCCGCGCUGCUGCUGCUGCAAACCGAGAACAAGCGGAGCUACUACCUGCUGGUGGCCCUCACGUCCGAGGGCCAGCUGAUCGUCGAGGAGGACCGGGAGGGCUCGGCCUACGGCGUGCGCCUCAACGACCGCACCUACUCGAACGGCGCGCGGCACAGCGUCUACUACGUGCGCGACAACAACACGGCCACGCUGCUGAUCGACCGGGAGCCGGUGCAGCUGAUGCCCAUCCCGGCGCUGAGCCUCGGCGACGACGAGGACGAGGAGGGCGGCGAGGACGACGACGGCCCCGGCACCACGGAGAUCCAGCUGGGCGGGCUCAACACCACCGACAAGCGGUUCAGGGCCUACAAGGGCUACACCGGCUGCCUGAGCAACGUGGUGGUGUCCAUCAACGGAGGCGUGGGCAUGAAGCCGCUGGAGGAGUACAUGCUGUUCACGAAGAAGGGCAGCGAGACCGUGAGGGUGACGGCGCCGGCGGGGGUCCGCAGCGCCCAGUGCGCGGUCUUCCACACGCAGCCUCGCGGACUGGAGCCGCCGAAGAACGACACGGUGAACCGCGAGCGGGCCUGGGGUGAGGACCCGCCCAAGCGCGUGCUCUACAAGUCCAACUACCUGGACGCGGCGCAGGAGGAGAAGGGCGCCGGCACCUACAUCUUCGUGGCGCUGCUGUGCGUCUUCGUGGCAGCGGUCAUCGGCUGCUCGUACGAGGUGUGGCGGAGCGCGCGCAGCGACCGCCGGCGCCGCAAGCAGCAGCAGCAGCAGCAGCAGCAGCAGCAGCAGCAGCAGCAGCGCUCGCGCUCGGGCUCGUCCGCCUCGGGCUCGCAGAGGUGGCCGGGCUACGACGCCGCGGUCCCGCUGACCGCGUCCAAGAGCGUCGGCUUCAAGGACGCCGCGCCGGAGGACAAGCGGCCCAACGGCACGCACAAGAUCGCCCCGAGCGCCAAGGAGUACAAGCCCUUGGCCGGCUCGGAGGCCAAGGCCGACGUCCUCGCCGAUAAGAGGAAUCCCAAAGUGGACGAGGACGCCGAGAAGAAGGAGCUGCUCGGGGUAAAUACAGGCCUCGCCUCUAAACCUGCCAAACCGAACCCAUUUUCGAUGGAGGACCUACGGGAGGAGCCCGAGCUCGAGGAGGAGGAGCAGAACGCGGAACGGGGCGAGCAGCGCGCCGAGGUAGCGGAGGCGAACGGCAAGAUCGAGUUUGCGGCGUCGACACCACCGGCCACCGACAGCGACGGCCGUGAGCUGCGCUCGUCGGCCUCUUGGAGCAGCGCGACAGCCGCGGAGCAGGCACGCAAGCUGCACAGCGCGAGCCUAGCCCCGAUCCAUCUGUCGCCGGACCAGCGGACCUUCGCCAACCCCAUCGGCUACUACCUCGGCCGUCCGCGGCUGCCCGCCUCCACGAGCAGAUCCUCGGUCGAGUCGAUGCUGUCGCUCGACUGAUCGGCGCCCUCUACUUAAGUGGCUGCGUCUCCGCGGACGCAAGGAAUCUCCAACUUGGUCGCAGCGCCUCUUCGCACCCCGCACUGCAAACGGACUGAGCGCGUAGGUCGCCG